AUGGGAAGAUCAAAUCGUCGUUAUUCGCCUCAAUCCGACACUUCACGGGACCCCUACUGUCAACGUCGCCGCAGCUCCAGCGCUAGUCGGAAACGGGAUAGAAGUCCGAGGAACGGAUAUACCAGGUAUGACGACUCUCCUGACCGUCGCCGUGAUUCACCCGAUUACUCUGGGAGAAGUCGUAGGCCAGAACCCCUAAGAUUAGAUAGAGAAUUAUUAGGUUAUAAUAGUAGCUGUAGAAAUCGCGAUACGCCGUAUCUGGAUCGUGAUUAUCGGGUGAACGAGGAAUCAGACGAGGAAUUGAAGGGUUUGAGCUUUGAAGAAUUCCGGAGAAUGAAGCGCCAAAAAUUGAGGAAGAAUUUCUUGACAAAGAGUUUUAUAUGGAAUUGUACGCCUAGCCCUCCUCCCAUAGGGGAUAACGAUUUGUACGAAGAACAAUCGGAGAAGAAUGAGGAGAAAGACAAGAAGAAGAAGGAUACUAACUCAUUAGUUAGUGAAUCUGAAUCAGAGGAUUCAGAGUCCCAUAUUUCUCAAUCUGAAUCAGAUGAUUCCCGUUCAAGGAAGAAGAGGAAGAGGAAGAGGAGAACCUCGAGCAGAAAGAGUAGAAGCAGGAAAUCAGAGUCAGAUACUGAUAGUGAAUCAAGUGAGGAUAGAAGAAGAAGAAGGAGGAAGAAGAAGAAGACUACGAGCAGAAGAAGUUGCAAGCAGAGAAAGAGCAGAAGAAGUAAAAAGAGAAGGUCUAGUAGUGGAAGUGAAAGUGAUGAAACAAAGGAAGACAAAUCUCUGGUGCAUGAUGAAAUCGACAGUGAGAUGAACGAAGAACUGCUAAAAUUUAAGGAAAUGAUGGAAUCCCGAAAAAAAUCUACUCUGGAAGAUGAAGUUCUGGUGGGGCCUCAGCCUCUACCUAGGGCUGAAGGACAUAUAAGCUAUGGAGGAGCGCUUCGGCCUGGUGAAGGUGAUGCCAUUGCACAAUAUGUUCAACAGGGAAAGCGUAUUCCCAGAAGAGGAGAAGUGGGUCUUUCAGCCGAGGAGAUUCAGAAAUUUGAGACGCUUGGUUAUGUGAUGAGUGGUAGCAGGCACCAAAGGAUGAAUGCCAUUCGUAUCAGGAAGGAAAACCAGGUUUACAGUGCAGAAGAUAAACGUGCUCUGGCCAUGUUCAAUUAUGAGGAGAAAUCAAAGCGAGAGCAGAAGGUUAUGGCGGACUUAAAGAGGCUCGUGGAUCGCCACAUUGGGAAGGACACUGGUUCCUCUCACCACCCUUUUGGUGGUGGGGAUGCUUAACAAUCAUGCAUUUUUGUA